UUAGAAAUAUUAGUAAUAUUACAGAUUCUCGCUCAUUAUUUUUUAAUACAAUACUUGAUUUAUUUCAAAUUAACUGGUUAAUUGAUUAAUCAUCAAUCAUCAAUUGUCACCACAAUGCUGAUGGCGUUAAACCGUCAUAUGUUGCAUAAUAGUCUUUUAAAGUUUCAACAACACAUAGCAACCUCGAGUAAUACAUUUAAAGUGGUUGCUUCAAAUGUGGUGGCCAAUAACAAUGGUCUGAAUCAUACCAAUAGAAGAUCUAGUUCAUUUCAACAACAAUCCUCUUCUUCAGAUAGUGAAGGAGACGACACUUUAAAAAGCAACCCAUAUUACUCAGCUUAUGCCGAAAAAUUGCAAGAUCUUAAAAAGAAAAAUGCUAGUGCCUACCGUGAAGCAUUACGACGUUUACGUGAAAAGCAACGAGAGACUGUUGAUACUGCUAAUGCAGCAGUAGUGAAUACUACAGAUACAGUGUCUGAAAAAAUUGAUAGUACUGAGACUCAACCACAAGCAAAACCAAAACGAAGACCAUCUCAGACACUAUUAGUCAAACCAAAAACUUUAGAGCAAGUUAUGAACAUAGAACUGUUACGUGACAAAUCAUGGCGAGAUGUGUCUGAGAUAUGGCUGGCAUACCAUAGGACACGUGAUAAUACUCUAAGCGCUGUUAUUCCUUUAAAUCAGUUUGAAAAAUUUUAUAAUCAAUCUAUCAAAUAUCCCAUGUUUUUAUUACCGCUUCCACGCAAUAAUAGUGGUUAUGAAUUCAUAUUUGCCCAGUUCCAGCACUAUCAAGAAAAUUCAACGUCCAAUUGCACAGUCCACUUGACACCAUUGAUUAGUUAUCAGACAUUUAAAGAAAACGCACCGGAAUGUAUGACUGUUGAAUAUUACACUGACCUUUGCAACAGUGAUAAAGCUAUUGAACACAGUGGGUCUGAUGAUGAAUCAUGUGUCUUAAUGAGAUCUACGUACGAUGGUAAAUUGUUAUCUGCCGCUGAAGCYGCUUGUCUAGUCAACCAGCUACGUAUAUUUUACGGAUUAGAUUCUGGAGUUGCAGAUAAAGAAAAACUUUUAAAAUCCUUCAAUGAAGGAGACACAACGUUCAAACACUCUGAUGUAAUUGCUCUAGUGGAAACGUUGAGUAUUUAAUAAUAUAAAUAAACAAAUAAAAGCGGCGAGUGCUAACUUGAAUCCCAACCAACCCAACCCUGGUUUUUUUUUUAGAAUAUUGGUACUAAAUACCAACGUAUAUGUGUUUAAAAUAAAUAAUACCUACUUAGCAACAAUAAUGAUGU